GGCUGGGACGGCGGCCGGCCCCGGGGAAACUUGUGUCCAGUGAGGGGGUUGGGCUGGCGCGUGCUGAACCCAGAUUUCCAGCUCGCCUGCUCCCAGCUCGGACGCGGUCAGCGAGGCUGGAGCCAGAGUUCUAGGAAAUACUUAAAAAGCCACCAUCAAAAAACUGAGAGAGCUCAGGACCAAACUUUGUCCAGGGAUGGGGAGUGAACGGGGCCCAUCAUGGGGACCAGCCAGGGCCAGCUACCCUGCUGUAGCUGCAGGCCCCGAGCCCGCCCUGGCCUCGCCCAUGGGAUUAAAGUCCGGCCGGAUUUCUCUGUGGGCGUUUAAAGUUUUUCGUGAUCCAUUCAUCACUACUUAGUUAACCCUCACUGGCUACUGUGAUCUAGCACUAGCAGAGAAGUUUCAAGGCGAAUGCUGUUUUUAUGGUAGAGGUACGAACCUGGACAGGGACGUCCAGGGAUGGCUUCCAAAACUAAAUCAAGAGUCGUGGGGGAGUGUUCCAGGAUGAAUACGGCGACUGUGGACGUAGCUCAGUGGGAGAGCCUUUAAGCCACAGGGAAACCAGCAUCUGCCGAGACCUAGGAAGUGAGAGAGGGUGGUGCGUCUCAGUCACUUAAGACACUUUGACUACUCUGAAUCUACUUAGUGCCCAGGGAAGAGGAGGGGGUUGGCCGGUGCUCGGCUAGAUCAGGAGAGGCAGACAUAGAGGAAUUCAGAGCGCUGCGUUUAGUCAGCAGAAUCCACAGGACUGGAAGAGAUGGGAUGUGGGGGAAAAGUGCAUGCAUGGGAGGCUUGGGUGCCAGGGUGAGAUUCAUCAGAAGAGGGGCAUCCCAGGAGCAGCUGAAUAUUCUGCUUGAAAACCAGGGAAGUACUUGCUGUGAAAAUGCAAACUGAAGUGUCAUUAGCCAAACAAGUCACAGAAGGGUUAAGUCUAUAGAAAGAAAACCAGUUAGCAGUUUUCUAGUUGUUGUUGUUAUUAUAGGGUUUGUGUGUAUGAGUGUGCAUGGACACCCACAGUUGACAUUCUGUGUCCCUCAGUUGUGAUACACCCUUUGGAGCUGUGUGUGUGUGUGUACAGAUGUGUCUCUUUGCAUGUGAGAGUGCGUUUAUAUGUACACGCACGUGUGGAAAACUGAGCAUCAGGUGUCUUCCUUGGUCACUCUUCACCUCUGUCUCUGCCCCUCAAAUUCUGGGAUUAUAGGUCACCCCCAUCUGCCCAGCAUUUAUGUGGGUGCUGGGGAUCUGAUCUCUGGUCCUCAUGCUGUGUAGCAGGCUCUCCACCCGCUGAGUACCCUCCCCCCCCCCCAGCCCUCUACCUUGUUUUUUUGAAGACAGGGUCUUAUUGAACCUGGGGCUCACUCACAGUCACUGACCAGCAACUCCAGAGGUCCAGCUGUUACAAUGUCCACAGCAACGGGGCUUCAGAAGAGUACCACACUACUGUGGCCAUCUUUUGUGGGUGCUAGGGAUUAAGUUCUUUUUUGUUGUUGUUGUUUUGUUUUUGUUUUUUGGUGCUUGUCCUGGAUCUCACUCUGUAGACCAGGCUGGCCUCGAACUCAGAGCUCCACCUGGCUCUGCUGGGAUUAAAGGUGUGCGCCACCACGGCCAGCUUGGGGAUUAAGUUCUUGCUCAAUGCUUGUGUGGCCAGCACUUUACCAAUGAGCCACUGCCUCAGCCCUGCUGUUAUUGUUAUUACUGAUACAGGGUCUUCCUGGGUACCCUAGGCUGGCCUCAAACUCAUGGUUCUCCUGCCUCUACUUCCUGAGUGCUGGCAUUGAAGGCCUGGGCCACCAUGCCCAUCCAUAGUAAUUAUUUUUAAUGUCCCUAGUACCUAGCCAAGGGCCUGGCAUUUGUAAGCCAAGCAAAACCCAGCAAUAGACAGCUAUUGGAAUUCCAGGUAUGUAGAGGUGGGGACUAGUGGAGGUCCCGUUGCUCUAAUGUUAGAGCCGUGGGUUGCCCUCUGGCCCUGUUACUAAGUUGCUAUAUGACCUUUAACAAGUCUCCCACUGCUUGUAAAGUGGAUACAUAACCAAGACAAGUUCCUACAUACAGCAUUCUGCUAUGGGUUCAUAUGUUGGGCUUGGUCCACAAUGUGGUGACUUUAGGAGGUAGUGGGACCCUUAAGAGGUGAGGCCUAGUGGGAUGCCCCUAGAUCAUUAAGGAAGUUGGCAUUGGAAGACAUUGAGAUAGGAGUGAGUUGUUAUGGGUGAGCCUGAGUCCUACUGUUUGGUUCCUUCCUGCUGACAUGCCCAUCAUUGAAAGGCUGUCAGCCUGGGAGUCCUCACCAAGCCAGCACCAUGCCCUGCAGCAUUCAAAACAGAGAGCUUAAUUAGUAAACUGUUCAGCUGGGUGUGGUGGCUCAUGCCUGUGAUGCCAUUGCUUGGGAGAGCGGAGGAUUGCUGAGUUGGAGGCCAGUCAGAGUGACAUAGCAAAAUCCUGACCAGAAAAAAAAGUAAUAAAACUUCUUAUUUGAAAUAUAUUUUUGAGCCUGGCAGUGGUGGUGCACGCCUUUAAUGCCAGCACUCGGGAAGCAGAGGCAGGCGGAUCUCUGUCUUGAGAUCACGUGUUCAUUCUGUCAAAGCAUUGUGCUGAAGGCUGGCUGACUUGGAUGAAUUAUCUAAAACCACCUCAUCCACGAGAAGGAGACAGAGGCUGAAAAUGACGGAGGUUAUCUAUCAUUGUCCAACUCCCUUCUUGUCGACCGCUGAGUACGGCAGCCAUGUUUGUUUCUUAGAAUUAAAUGACGGCAGGGUGGGACAAGAGUAGUGACCAGAUGUUUCCAGAUUUUUAUCCAGAUCCUCUGAAGCCCAAACCUGCUAUAAAAUAAAUGAGUAGCCAGAUGUGAGCUGGUGGACCUCCUAGCAUCUCUGGCAGCCAGACAGAGUACUUCUUCACUUUGGGCCGGGCAGCUCAGUUUCAGGUGGGGAUGGCUGCCAGCUGGGGGAGCAUCUUGCAGGAUGAGAAGCAGCUUGAAGAGUUGGCACAGCAGGCCAUAGACCGAGCCUUGGCUGAGGGCGUGUUGCUGAGGUCUGCACAGAAUCCCAGCUCCUCAGAUGUGGUGACCUACGCCCCGUUCACGCUCUUCCCCUCACUAGUGCCUAGUGCUCUGCUGGAGCAGGCCUAUGCUGUGCAGAUGGAUUUCAACAUGCUGGUGGAUGCUGUCAGCCAAAACUCGACCUUCCUGGAGCAAACUCUGUCUAGCACCAUCAAAAAGGACGACUAUACGGCCCGUCUCUUUGAUAUCUACAAGCAAGUCCUGAAAGAGGGCAUUGCCCAGACUGUGUUCCUGGGCCUGAAUCGCUCAGAUUACAUGUUCCAGUGCAGCACAGAUGGUUCCACGGCCCUGAAACAGAUCGAAAUCAACACGAUCUCUGCCAGCUUUGCGGGCCUGGCCUCCCGAACUCCUGCUGUGCACCGACAUGUUCUCAACGUCCUGCAAAAGACCAAAGAAGCUGCCAAGAUCCUCUCCAAUAAUCCCAGCAAGGGACUAGCCCUGGGGAUCGCCAAAGCCUGGGAACUCUAUGGCUCAGCUAAUGCUGUGGUGCUACUGAUCGCUCAAGAGAAAGAAAGGAACAUAUUUGACCAGCGUGCCAUAGAGAAUGAGCUGCUGGACAGGAACAUCCAUGUAAUCCGACGAAGAUUUGAAGAUGUUUCUGAAAGGGGUUCCCUAGACCAAAACCGAAGGUUGUUUGUGGAUGGCCAGGAAGUUGCUGUGGUUUACUUCCGAGAUGGCUACAUGCCCAGUCAGUAUAAUCCACAGAACUGGGAAGCACGCCUACUGCUAGAGAGAUCAUGUGCUGCCAAGUGUCCAGACAUUGCCACACAGCUGGCUGGGACUAAGAAGGUGCAGCAGGAACUGAGCAGGGUGGGCCUGCUGGAAAUGCUGCUCCCAGGCCAGCCUGAGGCUGUGGCCCGCCUCCGGGCCACCUUUGCUGGCCUCUAUUCACUGGACAUGGGUGAAGAAGGAGACCAGGCCAUUGCUGAAGCCCUCGCUGCUCCUAGCCACUUUGUACUGAAGCCCCAGCGAGAGGGUGGAGGUAAUAACCUGUAUGGGGAAGAAAUGGUGCAAGCACUGGAGCAGCUGAAGGACAGCGAGGAGAGGGCCUCCUACAUCCUCAUGGAGAAGAUUGAACCUGAGCCUUUUGGGAACUGCCUGCUUCGGCCUGGCAGCCCUGCCCGAGUGGUCCAGUGCAUCUCAGAACUGGGGAUUUUUGGAGUCUAUGUCAGACAGGGAACAACACUUGUGAUGAACAAGCAUGUGGGGCAUCUGCUUCGAACCAAAGCCAUUGAACAUGCAGACGGAGGUGUGGCAGCGGGAGUAGCAGUCCUGGACAACCCCUACCCUGUGUGAGGGCACACCUGACUUCACUCAAGAGACCUUCUACCCUGUACUUGGCAUUCCUCUCCUAAUUCCUGAGGGCUACUCCAGUCCCCACCUUAGGGAAGCUUGUCUCUUCCACAGACCUCCCGGGUCUUCAGGGAAGGGAAAAUCCUGGGUACCUUCUCUCAGCCUUCCACCUGAGGACCAGAAAAGCUAUGAUUCCAUUAGAAGAGUGCUGGAGGUCCCCAGAUCUUGGAGUGUGGGGGAAGCUGCUUAAGGUAAAGGCCGUAGCCCUGCAGAUCUUCAUUACCCUCUCAUGAACUUUGCCAGGGGGUUCUAGUGCCUGACUUGGGGUAGGACUAAGUGACAGGAGGAAGGGGCUAGAACAGCAUAGACUUUCCCCAGCUCUGCCCUCAAUAAAACAACAAUGCUGAUUCAACAA